AUGCAACGUAUUUAUAAAACAGGAAGUUUAGAACAUCAGCUGAAAAAUGGCGAUCGAUAAUGAAACCACAAUUUGAUUCUUAGUUCUUUUCUUAAAUAUUUUACAGAUGCCGAAAAAGGUCACAAAUGGAUCAUCAUAAUAUUGUCCGACAAUUUCAAAAUCUCAGAGUGUAUUCAAACUCACGUCUUGUGAGUAUGGAUGAAUUGGUUCAAGAUCUUGCAAAUGCAUUGGAAGAAUCAACUUCUCCAGUUAAGAGCUCAAAUCAUUCAAUGACUAACAAACGACCAUACAAAAAACGAAAAGGAAAGAAACGUAGGACACUGCUACUGGACUGUGGAAACAUCAGUGAAACAUCAGGGAGUAGCUACGAUGAAGCCCUUAGAGAUUAUUUUGAAAAUUUUACCCGAAAGAGUGACUCGGAUGAUGAUAUAGGAAAAAUAACAAGACUUUCUAUGCCUUUGAAUUCUAACUUUAUUCAGUGUGUUGAAUCAGAUUCUGUUAAUGAGAGUGUUGUAUCCCCAUCAAGACCUCAGAGACGAAGAAAGAAAUAUAAAGCCAUGGCAACAGAUUCAGAAUCAGAGACUUGUAGCAUGAAACCACCAUUAGGAAUUUCAGAUCAUAAAUCAAAAACACACAAAAUCAGGUAUAUGUCAAAUAUAAAGACUAAUGAUGUCAUGUUUGGGAUGGAAGAAGAGGUGCAUCCUGGGAAAAGGAAAAGAAGCUCCAAGUCAAGAGCUGAAUAUUCAACCAGCUUUGAUCAGUCUAAAAAUAGCAAUGACCAGAAUACCAUGGAAACAGGAAGUAAUAUAGAAAGCAGCUCUGGGCUCAGCAGUAGUGAGAGUGAUGGACUACUUACAAAUGAUGAAGCUAGGGAAGCUGAUGAUGAGCACAGUGAUUUUUACUAUGAGUCAGGACCAGCAUGUGGAAUCCCUGGCAUUAUAAGAUGGUGGGAGAAUGACUCAGAGGACAUUGAAUCAGAAUCUGAUAGGCAGAAAUUCCAACAGAUUUUGACAGGCUCCUUUGAACACAUACCAAAAUCUUCACAGCUGGCGUUCAGAGCCAGAGUCACAAGAAUGAUGGCUAAGACUGGAAGACCAAUCAGAUUUGGGAGAAGAAAAUUGAAAGAGAAGGAACCAAAAUACACUCUUUCUCGCUUCCUGAAAGAGAGGCAGAAAUGGAAUGAUAUACAGGGUCGAUUUCCUUCUGGUUUUAAAUCAAAUGGAAAUGGAGAUCAGAAGAGAUUCCGCAAAACGCCACCUCUACAAAGUCCCAUCGAGGAAGGUGUAGUUGGAGGUAAUGCUGACCCGAUUCCAGAGAGUAACAUAGGUAAUAAGAUGCUACAAGACAUGGGUUGGGUGCCCGGAAAUGGUCUGGGGUCAGAGGGCAGCGGCAUCGAAGUGCCCGUGCUGGCAUACCGACGACCAAAACGACAAGGUUUAGGCUGCAGUUCCCACCCAUACAUACGAAACAUGGACUCCUAAUUCAAGUCUUCAGUUUGCCAAAAAUUUAAAUUAAUUUUAUCAUGUUAAUGAUGUUUAUAAUGAUGGUUUUAUAAACACAAGGUUAAUUGUAUUUUAAGAAGCAUUGCUGUUCAUAUUACAUUCAUUAUUUUUCAUCAUGUUUUAG